AUGCUGCAUCGACGAUUCGAAGCACCGCUACUUCGAGCGAAAAAUCUCAAAGUUGCCCGAGAGUCUUUGAAAUAUUUCUUCUUAUGUUUACUGAUUCAAUGGAAAUGGCAAGUGGUCAAGCCAUACGGAUGGGACUCUUCAAUAGCGUUAGCUGAAAACGACAAGUACAAUCACAAUUGGGCAAUGUAUUGCGUCAUGGAGGGUGGAGUCUUCAUCAAUGACACCUUUCGCAAUUCCACCAAUGACCGUGAUCGAUGGGCUGUCGAACCACCAUUCGGACAUUAUAGUUAUCAGGGAAAUACGGGUCAACUCAAGAUCGUCGUUGUGGGGAAUUCGUGGGCGGCACAACAUGCUCAAGUAAUGCGAAACAUUUUCCCUGGAUGGAAAACCGCCGAGUUUCACGUCUUUUCACAAGCCACUUUUGCUCUGGGAAUCGACAAUGAAGCGGAGCGGAUAAAAAAUCAAGCACCUUUUGUGAUGAAAUUCCUCGCGGACCUACAGCCCGACUAUGUUUUCAUUCUUUUGAGAUAUCUAGAUGAGAAUGAUCCAUUCACGACUGGGCCUGGCAAUGAUACAAGAACAGAAGUUUAUUGGAAAGGAAUCAAAGAAAUCAGCAAAAUCGCCAAGCAUGUAUUCAUCGAAGGCCAUCAACCCUUCAGAUGUGAUCAUUUACAUCGUGACGAUCGUUUCACUCGUUUCCUUGAUGCUUUGGAAAGAGGAGAAGAUUUGAAUAAAUUCAAUAUGCCACUCAAUGCUAGUGCUUUUUACAAUCAUGCGGUUUAUAAACGAUUGAAAGUAAUCACGGAAAGGUGUGCCAAUUGUCAUCUUCUCGAUUUCAGCGCAACGUUUAUUGAUGUCGCGAAAAACGAAUUGUCGACCUACGAUCCAAAAACGAAGUUUAUCUACAUGGAUGGUGGGUGUCAUUUCACGGCCACUGGGCUUAAAAUGCUUGAAAAGCCGCUACGGGAAGCAAUCGAGUCUGUGCUCAAACAAACCAAUAAUUCCGGACCUUCUUUACCAGAGUCAGAGGGUCCAGCAUUCUGGAAACACGGUGGGAAAUACGGGCCAACAAUACCG